AGCGCCUGUCGGUAUUAAGGAUUGACGUCAGACACAAAACUUGUAAUUUAUUGAAUCAUUAGCAGUUCUGAAGAGUUCCUUAAUUUUUUUGAAUUACUUGCAUUUUGUAUUUCUAUUAUUGAAAAUGGAUGAUUUUGGUGAUAAUUUCGUUCAACCCGAAGUGGACCCUGCAGCCGAAUUCUUAGCUCGUGAACAGAAUCAGCUAGCAGGUCUAGAAGAUGACCUGGAAACAAGUGCACCGCCCCCUGUUGCGACAAAUUUAGCUUCAAAUGGACUUGACGACUUCGUGGAAGUACCAAGUGCAGCAGCUUUUGACGCUAAUGGUUUGAUGGAUGAUGAACCCACUGGAGCUCCAGCAGCAACACCUGUAGUUUCGGUAUUCAAACAAGAAAGAGAAGAGCCUGAAAAAAUCAAGCUCUGGAGGGAAGAACAAAAAAAGAGAUUAGAGGAGAAAGAUGCUGAAGAAGAGACAAAGAAGCAAGAAAUGCUAAAAGUGGCGAAAAAGGAACUAGAAGAUUGGUACAAGACACAUGAAGAACAGAUAUCAAAAACCAAAGCUGCUAACAGGGAGUCUGCAAAAAAUGCAGAGAAAGCUUUAGCACGUGGUUCAGAGAGUAAUGUCGAGGAAGGUAAUGAGUGGGCUCGUGUCUCAGAGCUCUGUGACUUUGGCCCACGCAGGGGUCGCGAUGUAGCCCGCCUGCGGUCUAUCGUGUUGCAGCUGAAGCAGUCUGGAGUUAGUCCUAAAUAUCCCCCUCGUGCUAAAGUGGCUUGAGGAAAUUAAAUUGACUACAACAGUUAUUAGCCUAAAUUUUUGUCAUUCAUCUUGGAAAAAUGUCACAUUUGAUAAAAUACUAUAAAAAAGUGAGGUUUCAAAUAGAGUAAUAAUUAUAUUCUAUUGAGUAUCAGACUGUUAUUUAUUAUUUUUUCCAUAUUGUACAAUAAUGUGGCUAAUGUUAUUGCAUGAUUAUUUGGUCAUAGUAUUAUAAAUAAAUAUCAUUCCACAGUUAA